AUUAAAAUUGUGUAUUCCUUAAUCGAAUAGGCACCCAUGUCAAAAUCUAUGAUCGAAUCAAAAAAUUCCAGUUGAUACAAUUCAAGUUGAUUUUCAUGUAAAAAUAUUUUUGGCAAAUUUAAAUUAAAAAUACUAUUUAUUACUACUAAAAUAAUUUUAAACAUGGCUAACAAUAAAGAUGCCCCAUCUCAUGGACCCGGUAGACUUUUCUUAAUGCACCUCCUGGGAAACGAAAAAGUUGGUUCGGUUUCUGAUGUAGUGAAGCAGUUCAAAGACCAGCAAAGAGCUAUCCGCUCCCUGCCGCUACCUAAGGAGCUCGCCGUGGAGUCGAUUCUUACGGAUGACGUCACGCUGGGGCUUCUGAAGAGGAAUGAGUCGAAGCUGGCUGAUUUGCUGGCUACAGGAAUGUGCAUUCAAAGAGGCUGCCGCCGCAGAAGUCGCUGCAGGCGACGCCGUCGUCGCAGUCGCUCAUGUCGGCGACGUCGUCGUCGCAGUCGCUCAUGUCGGCGACGUCGUCGUCGCAGUCGCUCGUGUCGGCGACGUCGUCGUCGCAGUCGCUCGUGUCGGCGACGUCGGCGACGUCGUCGCAGCUGUGCUCGUCGGCGAGGUCAGCUUCGUAGCGGCGCGUUUCAAAAAAUGCGACGCACCUAAUAGAUGUACCUAUAAUCUAACCAUUAAUCCGGAUUCAACUAUGUAUGUACUUAUUUUAAACCUUUGUUAUUCUUUUUUAAGCCUUUUGUUGUACCUACAUUCUUUACCUAACUAUUUAUUUUAUACUGUUAGAGGUACAUUCUUAAAUAAA